AGAAUUUAAUUUAAUAAACUGUCCAGAGAUUAGAUCUUUUUGUUGAUUUCAGCUCCAUCUGUCAGACUUCUGUUUAGAUUGUUCCUUAAUGAGUCAAAAUGUCAGCAGACUGGAUGUAUUCCAUAUAAAAAGGGAGAAGAUGAGAUUAUCUUUGUGUUUAUUCUGCUUUUCUAUUUUAUUUUUAUUUUUUAUUGUGUGCUCGGGCUCAGAAGUGAUGUCAGAUCCGGCUCUGCUGGUUCUGUAUGGAAGUCAGACCGGGACGGCCCAGGACACGGCCCACAGGAUUGGCCGACAAGCCCAGAGGAGGCAUCUGAAGGUCCGGGUUCUUCCUCUGGAUGGUUACAAUGUGGCCGACCUGAUCUCGGAGUCUCUGGUGGUCUUUGUUUGUUCCACCACAGGACAGGGAGACCCUCCAGACAACAUGAAGAACUUCUGGAGGUUUCUCUUCAGGAAGUCUCUGCCUGUUGGAUCUCUGAGCUGUCUAGACUGUGCGGUUCUAGGAUUGGGAGACUCCUCUUAUCCAAAGUUUAAUUUUGUUGCUAAGAAGCUCCACAAGCGUCUCCUGCAGCUGGGAGCUGGGAUGCUGAUCCCUGUGGGGCUGGCAGAUGAUCAGCAUGACCUGGGGCCGGAUGCUGUGAUCGACCCGUGGCUCCGCUCGUUUUGGGAAAAGGUGCUGGUUCUGCAUCCGUCUCUGUCCGACUUGAAACCUCUGAGGGACGACGAGCCACUCCCUCCAUCGUUCACCUUCCAUUUCCUGGAUGAGAAGACGGAUCAGAGAGACGAUCCGGCGAGGAUCGACUCGGAGCAGACCGUCCCCUCAGAGUCCCGUCCUUUUCAGGCCAGGAUGCUUUUCAACAGGAGAGUCACGGAACCGUCACACUUCCAGGACGUCAGACUCAUAGAGUUUGACAUCAGCGGGUCCGACAUUGAUGCUCCUCUAGGAGAGGUACGGGUCCCCCUGUGGGUCAAGAAGGGCAGCCUCCGGUUCCCUAAGGAACAGGAAACUCCUGUGAUCAUGGUGGGACCCGGAACAGGAGUCGCCCCCUUCAGGUCAGCGCUGCAGGAGAGAGUUUCUGAGGGGAGAACAGCCAACGUUCUGUUCUUCGGCUGCCGCUCCGAGUCCAAAGACUUCUACUUCCGCUCUGAGUGGGAGGACAUGACAAAGGCCGGUAAUCUGCGGCUCUUCACGGCUUUCUCUAGAGACCAGGAGGAGAAGGUGUACGUCCAGCACCGUGUGAAGGAGGCGGCGCCGCUGCUUUGGGAUCUGAUAACCAAUAGGAAGGCCUGCUUUUACAUCGCUGGGAACGCCAAACAGAUGCCGGCUGCUGUGUGCGAUGCUCUGAAGGAGACGUUCCAGCAGGAAGGAGGGGUCUCUGCUGAGGAGGCGGAGCAGAUGCUGGUCGCCAUGGAGAAGAAGGGCCGUCUGCAGAGCGAGACCUGGUCCUGAUCCGGAUCCAUCAGGACUAAGGUCCGAUUAUUAUUCUAC